GGGCGCCCUGCUCGGGACUUUUUCUCCGGCUGGUGCUCAGUCCCGUCAUAUCCGUUGCAAGGCGGCUUGGCCGGUGCUCGGGAAGUUACUUGGCAAUUGUUUGCCCAAGGAGGCGCAGGACGACGAGGCGCGUUCCUGGCCGCUGCGCUGCCGCGCCCCGAACGAAACUUUCUUCGCUCGCUUUGGAGGCGGGCGGCCUUGGGAGUGGGCGCAGAAUGCGAGGAGGAGCCGAUCUCAGGAAGGCAACAUGAAGCCGUGCCGCCAAGCAGCUGGCCCCUUUCUACUCCGUUGCUACUACGGGAAACCGCGCGCAGCCACCCGGGGGCACAGAGUUUAGCCGCUGGGCGCUGCAGCCGUCGAGAUGGGCCACUCGCGGGCGGCGUGCUGCCUCCUGAUUGCCGCCGCCGCCGCCGCCGCCGCCGGGCGCUGCGAGGCUCAGUUCGUCUUCCCCCUGCAAGUGUCUCCCGCCGUCGCCCCCAGCGACUCACUUGUUCCCACGCCCGUGUUGCUGAAGCGGACGGGCGGCGCUGGGGCCAGCCGCGAGGCAGGCAGCUUAGCCUUAGCCGCCGAGCCCGGCGGCUCCGUCAACUUCGUGGCCAUGGUGGAAAAUCUGCAGGGAGACUCCGGGCGCGGCUACUACCUUGAGAUGCUCCUGGGAAGCCCGCCGCAGCAGCUAAAUAUUCUAAUUGACACUGGAAGCAGCAAUUUUGCAGUUGCAGGUGCACCGAACAUAGAUGUGGCCUCAUACUUUGAUACAACAAAGUCAAGCACAUAUCAGUCACUGGGCAUUGAGGUCACUGUUAAAUAUACCCAAGGGAGCUGGACUGGAACUCUGGGCACAGAUAUCAUCACUAUCCCUAAAGGGAUAAAUGGAACUUAUAUUAUCAACAUAGCCACCAUAUCUCAGUCUGAGAAUUUCUUUUUAAAAGGAGUUAAAUGGCAGGGGAUCCUUGGACUUGCCUACAGUGUCCUAGCCAAGCCCUCGAGUUCGGUGGAGACCUUUUUCGACUCUCUUGUGAGCCAAGCCAAAAUCCCCAACAUCUUUUCCUUACAGAUGUGCGGAGCUGGUUUACCUGUUUCAGGAUCUGGUACCAAUGGGGGUAGUCUUAUCCUGGGUGGGAUUGAACCAAGCCUGUACAAGGGACAAGUCUGGUAUACACCUAUUAAAGAAGAGUGGUAUUAUCAGGUUGAAAUACUCAAAUUGGAAGUUGCAGGCCAGAACCUUAAUUUGGACUGUAGAGAGUAUAAUAAAGAAAAAGCAAUUGUAGACAGUGGCACCACUCUCCUCCGACUGCCUGAGAAAGUGUUCAGUGCUGUUGUGGAUGCAAUUGUGCGCACAUCCUUGAUCCAAGGGUUUUCACCUGGAUUUUGGACUGGCGCACAGUUUGCUUGUUGGAAUAGAAUGGAAGAACCUUGGAGCAUGUUUCCAAAGAUAUCUGUGUAUUUGAGAGAUGAAAAUUCCAGCUCAUCAUUUAGGAUCACAAUCCACCCACAGCUCUAUAUUCAGCCUAUUCUAGAGAUGGGCCAAAAUCUGAACUGUUAUCGCUUUGGCAUCUCCUCAUCUACCAAUGCCCUGGUCCUUGGUGCUACAGUGAUGGAAGGUUUCUAUGUCAUCUUUGAUAGAGCUCAGAAGAGAGUGGGCUUUGCAUUAAGUCCAUGUGCUGAAGUUGGUGGUUUACCAGUAUCGGAGAUUGAAGGCCCUUUCACAACUGCAGAUGUAGCAAGCAACUGUGUGUCUACUAUGUCUUUCCAUGAACCAUUACUAUGGAUUGUGUCAUACGCACUUAUGAGUUUCUGUGGACUAGUCCUCCUCCUCCUAAUUAUUUUGCUUCUGCUUCCACCUCGUUUUCGACAUCGUUACACUGAAAAUGACAUAGUAAAUGAUGAAUCAUCCUUAGUACGACAUCGAUGGAAAUGAGGAAUUUGAUCAAAAAACAAGGAAUCCUUGUCAUUUCUGCUUACUGAAAUUAAGUGUGGCUAUCUCAACCAAAGCUAGAAGUUCAGGUCCCACUCUUUAAGAAUUUCAAUAUCAUAUUCUACUACAAGAUAUCCUCUGAUUCUACUGUAUCAUAAUUUUAAACUUCUGUUUCUAAGCAGAGUUUUGAACCAAAUGUACAUAACAAUUGCAAGUGCUAUUCCACUGUUUCUGGAAAACAAUCAUUCGAGUCUUUAUGCGCUUAGUCUUUUAAAAAAUGCAAAACUUUGUAUCCUAAUUCCAACAAGGUUGGCUUCUUUACAUACCAUCAAACCUCUCCCCCUGUUGCCAUGGUUUUGGUAAGUUGUUGAUUGAACUUUGAGUGUCAAAUCAGAAUGAUGCAUUAUUGACCCUUGUUUUUCUCCUUAGCCACAUUUAAAUAAAGAUAUUCUUGUUUUGAAGCAGUUUUAAAUCAGUGGCCAGAAGAAAAGAUCAGUCCUCUAUACAGAGGAAAGAUACAUGUCGGACUAAAAAGAGUUCUUUUUCUUUCAGAUGCAUGACAGUAUCAGUUACUUUCAAAAGAUCCAAACUCUCACAAGAGGUGAAGUAGGAAAAAGCACAGAAACCCAACCCUAUUGAGAAGCCUUAAUAUAAAACUAGACUACCUCUUAAUUUACAAAGAUGCUAUUCACAAAUAUGAUGCAGACAGAAGAGUUCUUGAAAUAGGAAAGAUCCUUUCCCACCAAAACAAGGCACAAGCCCACCUCCUUUCAGCAUUCCCUUUGAGCUUUUUUUCUAAUUAAUGGCAUUUUUAAAACAUUUGACUUUACCACUCAUAUUAGCUUCCUGUUUCUGAAUUCAUGCAUAAGCAGUCUUAGGAUAUGUUCACUCAGCCUUUGUAUGUGCAUCUGGAAAAACAGAUGCGUUAUAAGGGCAAGUUUCUCUCUUUACACCUUUUGGAUAUCUCUACUGACUAGACAUUGAACUGAACACAAUACAGUCUCUUCUGCUGAAAGGUGGCCCAUUUGGCAAAGGCCAUGAUUGGAAAAGGUGGGAGGGUCUUUAAUGAAAAGCCAGUGAGCUUAGAUGAUUGAACCCUUGAUUAACAUGAGCAAAGGUGCCUGUGGGUGUGAGGAGAAAGCCUGGUAUUGGUGACAGCAAAUAGGACAUUAACUGAUUUUACCCUAAACGAAGUAGCACCCUUUUCCCAUUGAAGUCAAUGGGAUUAGAAAGGUAUAACUCAGCUUAGGCUGGCUCUGUAAAGUCUUUUUGCACAAUUGUACCAAAUUCUACUCAUAAAUGUCAGUGCUGGCAUGCUAAAAUCCUACCAGUGCUGAAUUUAGAACCUGGCAACAGCACACCCGCAGGCGUUUGUGCUGACUUUUUCUAACACAGUUGACACAAGUUUAGACACUUCUGUAAAAAGGCCAUAAUUAGUAAAAGAGCUGAAAAUGUGUUUAAAACCAAAAUUGCGUGCCUGGAUAGAUUUUUAGUAAAGUAUAAAAGAGAUUCCCUAGAAGCAAUAAAGUGGCUCUACUCCUCAAUAUUCACAGGAAUCAAGAACCAAAUUAACUUUCCACUCUGCACCCAGCAAUAAUUACACUUGAAAUAUUUCCUACAUAUAUAUGACUGGGCAUUUAUAUAGAGUUGUGAAGUCCAAGCAUAUGUAUGGAAAAUAAUUGCUUACACUGGCUGGUAACUUUUUCUUUUCACAGAAAUCAGUUUUCCAAGUUUUGAUCUUUACAGCUACUCUUGCUUUUCUUAAUUCAGUGUUUUUACAUAUAAUACUGUAUGCGAGCAGUGAGAGAUAAGCUGUAAACUAAUGGCUUUAGGGGGAAGAACUGGCAAUCUUGAAAGAUGUAUAUUAGUUCUCCAGUAGUGAAAAAAAUAGUGAUAGCAAAUUACCAUUCAAUUUUUAUACCUCAGUAUUAUACAUCAGUGCCUAUUAAUUCACUCAUCACUGAUGAGGACAAAAAACUACAGAUACUUGAAUUAUAUAAGCAAUAAUCUUAGUUACAGUGUGACUUUUCAUGGAAUCCCUUGCCACAAAAAUGCAGCUAACAUACACUGUGCUGUCUCAACACUUGCUUAUAACAUAACUUCCAUCCAUCUUUUAAAAUUGAGAUGUACGUUGGCAUAUAUUCAGGUGGGUACUGCUCCAUUGCUCAGGCAACAGGAUCAGUGAUGGCUUCACUGACAAGGUUCCAUUAUUUAGCUUCAGAAACUGCACUUGAUGCUGCAUCAUCCAGGCUUGCUCACAGUUUUUACAGAUGUUUUUCCUUUGUUGUAAAAGUUCUUUGAAGAAACUAAAUUUGAAAAAAAAAAGACUUGCCUAAAACCAUUCACUUAGAGGGGCAGGAUUAAGAGUUGUUUUGUCCAACAAAAUAUAUCUUUUUUGAAACACAUAAUUUGGACAUGGUUAUUCUUUUUUAUUCUAACAUUUUAUUUUUUAUUUUAUGCACAGAAAAACAUAAAAUGGCUAUGCUUAAUCUUCAGUCUACAAGUUCUGUCAAUGCAGAAAUCUCAAGUUUGUUGUCUGUUUUUAAAGAAAUAUUUAAGUGAAAUGAGUUAAACAAGGGAAACAUUCAAAUUGGAGCACAGUCUGAGAUUUUGUCUUAGAGGCAAAAGGCAUGGCUUGCUGCCUUAUUAUGGUCUCUCUUGCUGGACUGUACCAUUAGAUUGUAGGUGAUUAACAUUUUUAAAUGGUGGGUUAUUAAAAGUUUAGGAGGUUUUUUGUAACCUUUUCACCUUUACACUGACAUUCUAGUUGUGUGUAUUUGUUUUAUGUAUGUAUAUAAGUAAAUGAGUACAGGGCGUUUUUCAUGAGAGGGGCAAUUAAAAGAUGUGCUUUCAUCAUCUACAGUUAGAAAUGGUGCAACCCAGCCACAGUUUGAUCUGAUGAGGCAUCGAAUCACAUGCCUUGGCUCACGCUUGCUGUCACAGGAAAUUCUCCUACUAACUCUGUAGAUCACCUUUUGUGAAUUGAAUAACAUAACAGAGAAAACGGUGUAGGUUGGCAUUUUUUUUCCUGCACAUUGUAUAGUGUAAGGCCAAUUGAAGUCUAAUACAAAGCAGUUUAAAAAUGCACUUAGCCUGCAAAAGAUAUUAAAUGUUAAUUAAUUAUAGGGAAAUGAAUUUCUGGGCAAAUUAGAAAUAAUAUUUCUGCCUUUUGGUCUCCUGUGGGCUUAGUGGAUACUAAACUGAGACUCCACCAAAUGUUCUUAGCAUCCUUUGCCUUUUUCCAUUAUGAAAUGCUACCUUUGCGUACUUAUCAGUAGACGUAAAGUAAGCUUGUUGAAUCUCAAGGGGUAUUUUCAACAGAAAUGAAAGCUUAUUGUCACGAUUUGUAAAUAUAAUUUUUUUUAUCUUACUGAUUUAUUGCCUAUGUUCAAGCCUCACUUAUUUCCAUAGAGAAGACCUGCUCAAUGGUAAUCUAGAAUGACCAAGUGACUCAUUUUCAAGGAGUCAAACUUCUAAGCUUAACGUUUAGCAUUCUAAACUAAUCCAAAGAGGCUGAAAAGUGGAGAUAAAAGUGAUGUUAUAAAGACCAGAGAUAAUCUUCAUUAUUUAAUGUUCUAACUGUUGUCUAAAACGGGUUACAGCCUAACAUUGGCAAUUUUAAAUAAUGCAGAAUGAUAUUUUCUUGUGUGUUGAAAUAUAUCAAAACUUUUAAUUGUUUAAUCAAUUAAUUAUUUCUGAUUUCCAUGGCUGCCUAAAGAGUAAUCCAGAGUGUCAUUCCACUUACAAUUCAGAAUAAAUCUAUUACAUUCCACAA